AGGGUUUUCUUGGGAAGCAUCAGCAAUUACUGUGUUCAAUAUGUCAAGUGCCCCGUUCUUGUCGUGAGAAAAACAGGUUGAAGAAUGAACUGUCUAUGUAUCGUUGUUCCAAAGAAACGAGCAAGAAAGAUUUCUAUCGUUACCAACUUAAUGUAUGAUAAGAACCAAAAAAUUUGUCUGUAGAUAUUCUGUUUGGCUUAAUGGAGAAUUGUGUCUUGUGGAAAUACAGAACUUAAAAGCUGUAAAUUGAAUAAAUACAAUACGCUUGAUUUAGCUUCU